AUGGCCAGGAGGAAGACCAGUGCAAAACUUGCAACAUCAGCACCUUCGGCUAAAAAGCACAAGGGAUCUACCGUUUCUGCUAUACCCCUCGUGGUUCAGCAUGAAACAUCACCUGAUGAAGUCAUCAACGCUCAUGAGCUUGUGGCUCAAACGGAUCUGCACAGCGCCACGAAAGCUCGAUUGCUAUUUACGUGGCUGCUAUAUCCCGUAACUCCCGAAGAAUUUUACGAAAAGUACUGGGAGCAACGUCCACUGGCCAUUAAACGCAAAUGUGCUAGCUAUUAUGAUGGUUGGUUUUGCAAACAGGAGAUUGAUCGCAUCCUCCAAACGCACACGCUGGAAUAUGGCACCGAUCUGGAUCUUACCAAGUACGUGGAAGGCACGCGUCACACAUUGAAUCCAUCGAGCUCUGCAACAGCCAAACAAGUGUGGAAACACUUUGAUGAUGGCUGUUCUGUACGGUUUCUCUGUCCUCAGAAGUUUUCAGACACUGUUUGGAAAUUGUUAGCCACACUAGAAGAUGAAUGGGGUUGCAUGGCUGGUGCCAACACGUACUUGACACCAAAAAACACACAAGGUUUUGCACCCCAUUUUGACGACAUUGAAGCAUUUCUGUUGCAAACUGAAGGUUACAAACAUUGGAAGGUAUACCAACCGUUAAAGGACAGCGAUAUGCUGGCAAGAUACUCGAGUGGCAACUUCAAGACAGAAGAAUUGGGCAAACCAAUGCUGGAAAUGGAUUUAGAACAAGGCGACUUACUGUAUUUUCCAAGAGGAUUUAUUCACGAAGCACGUGCACCUAAAGACAUGUACUCGUUGCAUCUGACGGUGUCGACGGGUCAGCAGAAUUCAAUCGGCAACUUUCUUGAAGUGCUGUUGCCGCAAGCUUUGGGGGCUGCGAUUAACACGAACGUCGAACUUCGACGAUCAUUGCCGCGUGACUAUCUGGAGUACAUGGGUGUCAUGCACUCGGACCGUAAAGGUAAUCCAGCAAGAGAGACAUUUGAAAAUAAGCUCAAGGUCGCGCUGAAGGUUGUUCUUGGUGAAGCAUUAGGUAUGCUAGACGCCACCUCUGAUCAAAUGGCCAAGAAUUUUCUCAUCGACCGUUUGCCGCCAGUCCUUGAAAAUGAAGAGGAGAACUGUACAAGUGACAACAGCCCGCUGCAAAAAAUCACAGUCAAUACUCAGCUGAAACUUAUCCGCCAUAGCGUUGCCCGUCUCGUGAUCGAGGAUGGCAAGGCUGUGGUCUACCACUGCCGUGAAAACUCGCGAAUGCACCACGAAGUUCCUAUCUCACCGCUUGAAUUUGAAUUAGAUGAUGCUGAAAGUAUCGAGUAUAUUCUAAGUAGUUAUUCUGACUAUUUUCGUGUAGGUGACAUGCCGCACGAGGACCCCCAGGACCAGAUAGAACUUGCAAAAGCGCUGUAUAAGGAAGGCAUUCUGAUGUUUCAUAAGUCUUAA